AUGUAUAAGAAAGCAGCAGAAUUUUGGGCAGAGUUGAGAGUGGAAUUGCUCUCAGCAAGUGCAUUUCUCACCAAUGACAAGCCCAAUUCUAGUCAGCUGUGGAGAUUAUACUGGGCAAGCCAUCAGCGUUUCUUUAGGCACAUGUGUAUGUCAGCUAAGGUGCCUGCCGUUGUAAGACUUGCGAAGCAAGCAUUAAUGGAGAACAAGAGUGUGGUCAUUGGCCUACAGAGUACUGGAGAAGCACGAACUGAGGAAGCUGUGACAAAAUAUGGUUUUGAACUAGAUGAUUUUAUUUCUGGACCUCGGGAGCUGUUGUUAAAAUUUGUUGAAGAAAAUUAUCCCUUACCCGAAAAGCCUGAAUCACUUCCAGAGGAAAGUGUGAAAGAACUUCAACGAAAGAGGCACUCAGCAACACCUGGUGUUUCAUUUAGAGGGAGAGUUAGAAAAGUUGCAAAAUGGAAAGCUGUGAGUGAUGAUGAAAGUGACGAAGAAUCUGAUUAUUCUGAACCUGAAUCCACUGAAUCUGAUGAUGAGUUUCAGAUAUGUGACAUGUGCAAUUCAGAAGAGGAAAGAAAGAAAUUACUCCAAUGUUCAUGUUGUGGCCAGCUAGUCCAUCCUGCGUGUUUAGUCCCACCUGUUAUAGAUGCAGUAUCUGGGGAUUGGUCCUGUCAUUCAUGCAAGGAAAAAACAGAUGAAUAUCUCCAAGCAAGACACGCCUAUAUUGCAGAGCUAUUAAAGAGGUAUGAAGGAGCUAUGGAGCGUAAGUCAAAAAUUUUGGACAUAAUUCAAUCUUUGGAGCUUCCAAACAAUCCAUUGGAUGAUAUUAUUGAUCAGCUUGGUGGACCUGAUAAUGUUGCAGAAAUGUCCGGUAGACGAGGCAUGCUUGUUAGGGCCUCUGGGGGGAAAGGGGUAGCUUAUCAGGCACGCAACACAAAGGAUGUGACCAUGGAAAUGGUCAACAUGCAUGAGAAGCAGCUCUUCAUGGACGGUAAGAAGCUGAUUGCAAUCAUUUCCGAAGCUGGAUCAGCUGGUGUUUCUUUGCAGGCAGACAGAAGAGCAGUAAAUCAGAAAAGACGGGUUCAUUUAACACUAGAACUACCUUGGAGUGCUGACCGAGCGAUUCAACAGUUUGGAAGAACCCACCGGUCAAAUCAAGCUUCUGCACCUGAGUAUAGGCUACUGUUUACAAAUCUUGGUGGUGAACGCCGGUUUGCAUCCAUAGUCGCCAAGAGAUUGGAGUCUCUGGGAGCAUUAACACAGGGAGACCGUCGAGCUGGACCAACUCUAAGUGCUUAUAAUUAUGAUAGUGCUUAUGGAAAGAGGGCCUUGAUGAUGAUGUACAAAGGAAUCAUGGAGCAGGAUUCUCUACCAGUUGUGCCACCUCGGUGUUCAAUUGAAAAACCAGAUACAAUCCAAGAUUUUAUUGUGAAGGGAAAAGCUGCUCUUGUUUCCGUUGGAAUAGUCAGAGACACAACUCUGGGUAGUGUCAAGGACACUGGAAAACUUUCUGGUCGCAUAGUUGAUUCAGAUAUGCAUGAUGUUGGACGUUUCCUCAAUCGGCUCUUAGGGCUGCCGCCUGAGAUCCAAAAUGGGCUCUUCGAGUUAUUUGUCAGCAUCCUUGAGCUUCUCAUUCAGAAUGCACGCACUGAAGGGCAUUUUGACACGGGGAUUGUUGAUAUGAGAGCUAACACAAUUGAAUUACUGGGAAUUCCGAAGACGGUUCAUGUUGACCACAUGUCUGGGGCAUCCACUGUACUGUUUACCUUCACACUGGAUCGUGGAAUCACAUGGGAGUCUGCAUCUGCAUUGCUUGAUGAGAAGCAAAAGGAUGGGUCUGCUUCGACCAGUAAUGGAUUCUACGAGUCUAAAAGGGAAUGGAUGGGAAGGCGGCACUUCCUUUUAGCAUCUGAAGGGAAAGUUAUAGGAGCUUGA